AUGGGCAUGAUGCUAGACACUCUGCCGUGCGAGGUCUUGACGAUGAUUGCCGACUGGUUGCCACCUGCCAGUCUCCGUGCGCUCGGCCGAGUAUCGUCGGGAUUAUAUUCUGUGCUGGUCCCGCAACUCUACCGUGCGGUGACGUUCCGCGCUGCGAGUGAGUGGGCGCUGAAUGUCCUCGACGUCGAUUCUUUCCUGCUCCACCAUGGGCAUUCAGGGACCACCAGCUUUCUUCAACACACGCGACAUCUAUAUAUCCAGGCUCCGAUCCACCUGGCCCGGUUUAACCGUUGUGCCUACUACAACAUCUUCCGCACGGCAGGACUGGCCCAAGGCCCGUCUACUCUCGGCGCCGCGGAUGAAACAAGGGCGCACGAACAAUUCCUGGACGACAUUGCGGACCAGCUCCACGUUGUUCUUGCGCAGUUAAAGCCGGAUGGCCUGCGUACUUUUCAAUGGCGCCUGGGCACUUGUAUCCCGGCGGGGGUUUUGGACGAAGGAGGCUACCUAAGCCGGCGUCAAAACCGCCUCACAUGCCUCUCGCUAGUCACCGAUGGUACCUGUCCCCACGCAUGUCAUCGUCUGGACAGUCUAUCUCAAUUAUCAAGUUUGACUAAACUGGAGUGGGACGGAAUCCAGCAUCCGGCCGAGGUUGAAUCGCUGCGGCAGUGCAUCCGGCGGAACUGGAAGCAUCUGAAUGAUCUGUCCAUCGGAUUCGUCUUAUCUCCCAACGCCCGGAGCCUGCGCUGGGACGACCUGGGAUUGCGUUGGCCGGGCGCCGGGCCCUGCGACGAAGACGAGUCCACUCAUUUUCCGCCCCUUUCAACAUUGUCGCUUUCCAAAGUGUCACUCUCAGAGAACCUGCAAGAUUACUCCUCCUUUCGUAGCCUCCAAGCGUUGACAUUGCGUGACUGCCCGAAUGUGCUUCGCUUCCUGCGUUCAUUAUCUGGGUCACGAAUCACGCUGAACCUCCGGGAGUUUGAACUGUGCUGUGAUUUUUUGCUUCACGAGCCCGAUGACGAUUACGAAUUUUCUUCGGUUGUUAAGUUUUUGUUCUCUUUUCGGGGGCUACAGCAUCUCCGAUUGAGGCUAUCCAAUUUCCCGGAGUUGGGCUUCCGAGUGGAAGAUGCCAUCCGACACCACCGACCAACACUCGAGAGCCUGGUUUAUCAUCAGCGCCAGCUCGCGCCGAUCGACAACGAAGGGCUGUUUGAGGAUGAUCGGGACGUGUCGCCAGUUUGGAUCCCUGAUCUACCGGCUAUUGUCGACCUGUGCCGGGUAACCACGCUGGCGCUGUGUGCGAAUCCAUCCGCCGCCCGGAUGUGCCUUCAACCUGCAGCCGCAAAUUCCACGCUUCAGGUCUUGCAUCUACGGUUCAGCGGUGCCGAGCGUAUGCACUGGGACAUCCGACACGAGGUACUCGCUCUUCUACGCAAAAGGCGAGGGGGCUGUUCGCCCACAGACCAGGUGGACGAAGUGGACGAAGUGGCCGAGAUUCCGGUGUAUUCCGACGGCGAAAGCGACCACGUGAGCUUCUUUGAUCACUAUUUCGAUUGCUCGAUGACCUGGCAAUCCGACCUGCAGAAGGUAGAAAUGGAUACUCCCUCGGCCCCGUCCGAGGCGGAGGAUUUUGUGGCUUUUGCCGAAUGGGCGUUCGGCCCCAGCGGCUUGCCGGCGCUGCAGGUUCUCGCAUUUGGAGACUUCUCCCACGACGAUCGGUACCCGGGGCAGCAGUUUGUGGUGCGGCGGGAGGACCGGUCGGGGCCAUGCAGCGGCGAAGGAUCGGGUCCCUCGGUCUGCAAUAACCAUAAUGGCUUGUCAUUCUGUCCAGCGAGCAUGGAUGAUCCCUCGAUUUGGGAUGGUGUCUCGUUAGACGGGAUUCGACUUCUCACUGCAUGCCCGGACGGUGGCUUGAUCGAGUCCCCGUAUGAGCUAUAG